GUGCAAAGUGAAAACACGCAGUUUUGUGAAUGGUAAAAAUUAAUCGCUAAUAUCCGGAAAAGGUGGACAAAAUAUCGACAACAAAGUGUACCGGUGCAUUCGUUGUUCCUUCGGUGAUCGGAAGUGACUGUUCGUGAUUGUGAGUUUUAAUAGUUGCGAGUGUUUUGGGACGUUUUUUAUCCGUGGUCCCAGGCUCAAAGUAAGGCAGCUGUGCCCGAUCUAGGUAACGGGAGCUUCCUGCUUGCGGGAAGAAAAAGAAGACCUAACGAUAACAAGUCGCUAACGAAACUUGCCUGCUGUUGAAGGAAAAAAGGGAAAACCAGACAGGAAAGGAACCGGUUAAAGGACACCUUAUAGUUCGACGACUGCGCUGGGUCGUAAUGAUGGAAUCGGUCGCAAUCGGCGACAACAAGCUGUCCCCCUCAGCGGCUGGAAAAAAGCUUAAGCAGAGCCGACUGCCGUUUCAAGUACUGCCUGGUUCACCGGCAUCGCCAGUGGCGCUCAAGACUGCGGAAUCACGCAAGCGUAAGCCGUCAGUCGAACCGAUCGUCGAUGGAGGUGGUGGUGGUGCUCCGCGAGCAGCUAAAAUUGGUCGCAUUUCUGAGGUGAAGGAGAAUGUAAAAGAUGCGGUUGCGAUUGUGCCGGUGGUGGUUCUGGAGGACGACGAAGAAAGUAACAGUGCCGAUUUGGUGGACGUUCGUAAAGAAGAUCAGAAGUUGGUCGUGGUGAAAGUGGUGAAUACUCCAAAGACUCCCAUACGCGAUGAGGUUGCCGAUAGCGAGGGGGGUGAUGGCGGUGAAAGGGGCGAAUCGGGGAAGAAAAAUAAGAAGAUAAUGAUUAAGCUACCGAUGAGCAAGAAAAAGGGUAAAAAGGAAGAUGCUCCGGAAGAAGGUUCGGCUAAGAAAAAGAUUGCUAAAGAAAAGAAGAAAAACAAGAAGGAGGCCAAGGCUAAAAAGGAACCCGGGGAAAAGUUAGUCGAGCCAGAAGAUCCGGUUGUGAUUGACGAUUCUGCUUUGUCCGAUGGUGAGAAAGUGCAGGAAAAUGUCGAGGGAAAAGUGCAAGAGUCAAAGUCAACUAAAAAAGAUACAGCCAAGCUUGUUCAGAAGAAAAACGACAAGAAAGCAGAAUCGAAAGAAUCUGAUGCCGGUUCUAAUGCUGAAAAGAAACAAAAAGAAUCAGAAGUUCCGGAAGAACCUUUUAAAGUAGAAAAGCCAAACGAUAAAGCAGUUCCAGCGGUAGUCGUAAUUGAUGAUGACGAUGAUCAGAAAAAUGAAUCUAAAACGGUUGAGCAUCUUUCGGGCGAAUCAGACGCAGUAACCCCUCGUCGUUCCAGAUUAUCACGGGUGACAUCUCAAAAGACGGAGGAGGAAAAAGCCCAAAAGUUGAAAACUCCUUCGUCGCAGAAAAAGUCUAAAAAAGCGGAAGAAUCCAGCACGCCAAAAGCCACAAACGAAGUAACAGUGCAGAAGCCGGAGAAAAUCGUGAAAUCAUCGAAUUCUGCAAAGAAAGCUUCUUCCGCUAAGAAGACUGAAGCACCGAACAAGGAAAAGGAACCGAUGAAAGAAACAGGAGAAGACAAAAAACCGGCCAAGGGUGCACUGGCUAAAUUCUUCGCGAAAGCUCAGUCGGGUCCGGAGGUUAAACUCAGCGACGACAUCGUACCACUCGAGUCGAAACCCUGCAAAUUGAGUGAACCCGAACCGGAGCAGGAACCGGAGAAAACUCCGGAAAAACAGCAAGCGUCAGCCGAUUCGGACCAACAGUCGAACCCGAACAACAGCACCAUUGCCAGCAUUUGUUUGGACGAUUCGUCCGAUGGUGGCAACACGGCCGAUGACGAAGAGAAUGCCUACAUGUUGUGUACGCCGAAUUCGAAGGAACGCUCGCAGCUGACGGCCGAGGAGAAGUUGGAUCUGCAGAAGAAGUUGACUCCGAAACAGUUGGCACGCCGUAGGGAAGCCGAACGGAGACAAGCUCUGAAGCAACAGGAGCUAGACGAACGCAAGCGGAAGAAACAGGAGGAGAAGGAUGCCAAACAGCGGGAACGGGAGGAGCAGGAAAAGUUGAAGAAAAAAGAGCGAGAGGAGAAGGAGGAACAGAAGCGUAAGGAACGAGAGGAAAAGGAAGAACAGAAGCGCAAGGAGAAGGAAGAAAAAGAAGAACAAAAGCGCAAGGAAAAGGAUGAGAAAGAGAAGAAGCGUCUGGCCGAGUUGGAAGCAAAGAACGAAGAGAAACGCAAGAAAGAGGAACAGAAGGAGGAAGAGCGUCGGAAGAAGGAAGAAGAAAAGGAGGCCGAAGAGAAGAGAAAGCAGAAGGUGGCCCAAGCUUUUCAGAGUUUCUUUGUCAAAAAGAACAAUAACAACUCCAAAGAAGGCAAACAAUCGGAGGAUGAGAAUUCCAUGGAUCAGCAGCAGCUUGGAGACGGUGGUGAUGCUCCGAAGCGUACAUUUAUGCCUUUCUGCGUCAAAGGGGACAUGCGGCUGGCUCCGUUAUGCAGGACAUCCCUGGGUGACGAACGGAAGAAACGUUUGGACGAGCUGUUGAAGAAAUCCAACGAUGAAAAUGGCAACGAUGCCGAUCGGGUCGGUCGGAAACAGCUUUACCUGGCACAGCUGAAACGCGUCGAUUACUCGGUUGGCAAGUGUGACCGAACCUGGGUGGCACAGGAGGAUGAUACCGAAGAGGACGACGUGAUUUAUAUUGACGAAAGUGUUUGCCAUCAGAUCGAAGUGGAUCCGGAUGCUCCGCCAGCCAGGCGAUACCGUGCCAAGUACUUUCUGUUCGAGGAAAACCGUCGUCCGCCGUACCUGGGAACGUGGCGAAAGCGAAGUGCUAAAAUCAAGGCUCGGCGUCCGUUUGUUCAGGAUACGAAAUUUUUCGACUACGAGGUCGAUUCCGACGACGAAUGGGAAGAGGAAGAACCGGGCGAGUCUCUGCAUGGCAGUGACGACGAGAAGGAUGUCGACACCGAGGAAGACUACGAAGUGGACAACGAUUUCUUCGUUCCACACGGGCAUCUCAGCGACGAAGAAAUGCAGGCCGAAGACGACGCUAUGGACGACAACAGUCCCGAGACGCAGAAGGCCAAACUUAAAAUCAUGCAAAUUGAGUUUGCCGCAGAGAUGAAGAAAAAAACGGAAAAGAUCAAACCACGGCUGAUUGGUUGCAUUUGGGAGAAUGCUUCGGAGGGCGGCGAUCAGCGUGCCGAAUGCUCUUCCGUUAUCUGGGAUAUUCUGAAGGCCCGCGCUAUGCUUUUCGAUCCCGAGGAACCGAUUUCGUUCACCGUACAGAAAGCUGACCCGGAAUCUAAUCAAUCCUCGCCGAACAAGGACAAGGAUGCGGUCGAACUGCGGCUCAAAAAGGUUAAGCUGGUGGACGAAGGGGUCAAGGAAUUAAUAAAACUUGUUCACGGGUGUGCUCAGAACAAAAAAUUUCUAAUAAAAGAGUUCCUUGCCUACUGGGCCAAACGGAGAGAUGAAGGGGAGUUCAACGUACCUCUGUUUGCUCCCGAUAGCAUACGGGCCAAAAUCGUAGAAAUCUCCAGUUGGAGGCCCUGCCCGGACGAAGGGCCGAUGCAGAAUAAAAUGUGCUGGUAUGUCAACAAGGACACCCUGAAAAAAUAUCAGCUAACGGAUAUCACAGUUCCGACGGGCUGGCAGUUUAUCUUGAAACCAAUCACCAAAACCAAGAAAAAGGAACGCAAAGAGACCGAAGAAAAGAACGAAGGUGAGAAUGACGAGAAGACACCACCCAAAAAGGAAUCCCCCGUGGAGGCGGAGAAAAAAGAACGUUUAAGCUCCGCAACUCCCAACUCGGCUACCAAAUCGAAGGCUACAUCCGGCUCCAGCGUUGCCAAAUUCACGAAGAAACUGUCGGACGAUGACAAGCAGAAACAAUUUGCGAAGGCGAAGAAAAGUGGUCAUUCGCCGAAGUCUUCUAGCAAACCGGGCCCAAAGUCGUCGACAAGCAGUGCAAAGAAAACGAAAGCUUCUUCCGCAGUUGGCAGCAGCCCGUCCACGACCACUAAAACUUCCGCCAGCACCAACACCACCAGCAGUAGCACUAAUGGAGUCCCGGAUAACAAACCUCCCAAGAAACGUGUCCAGCUGUUGAUGUCCGUCCCGAAGGGUCAAACCAUAAACGAAUCGGUGAAGAACAAUUUGAUCAGUCAGUUUCUUGCCAAGGGCAGCAGCAACAGCAGCAGAAGUAAGCCCGCCGAACCGAUGGAGGUUGACCCUCCGAUCAAUGGCGGCGGCGGGCGGCAGCACGAAUGCGAAACUAUUAUCGUCUUAGAUGAUUAGGUUAAAACUAUUGUGUAUUAAUGCAAAUAUUGUAAUUUAUUCGCUGGAACCACCUUCACCUGGGGAAGAGUCGCACAGAGGAUGCCUUAAAAAUAAUGUUCUGUUAUUUGAAAAGUUAUAUCUAUCCAACCAACAUUUAGCCUGUAGUCGCAUUUAGCUCUGCUAAUCGUUUCUAGUUUAGUACUUUUUUUAUAUAUAGAUUCACUAUCGUUCUUUGUCCACAAUAUACACGGUGCGGUGCGUCACGCCAACGAUAUUCAAUUGUAUCGCGACAGAAUCAACAGAACCUCCUAUAUAUCUGAACCGAACAAUACCCCGGGCUGGCUGUGGUUUGUUGCGUCCACAGAAUCGUGUUCAGAAUUGCAAUCGAGCGGUAGCGGGAGCGGGAAAAAUGCAAAUUUUUUUUCGAGCAAGCUGAAAGUUGAAUAAACUGCGAAAA